UCUAAGCUAUCCUACCAUUCUCUAUUCUCAUUCAUUGGCUGUAGAUCUAGGUAACAACACCAACAUUCGUUGCAUUGCACCUGAUUGAUACACGUCUUUAGUACUGUAAAAACCUUUACACACUCAGCAGAAGAUUCAGCAAAAUGGAAAGUCAGAAAAUUGGCAUUGUCGGAAGUGGAUUAAUUGGACGGAGCUGGGCUAUGAUCUUUGCCAGUGCUGGGUACAGUGUCACAAUCUUUGAUAUAGAACCCUCUCAGGUGAGCAAUGCUUUGAAAUUGAUCAAGUCACAGCUGGAGGAGCUGUCCGAGUCUGGUAUGCUACGAGGAACAUUGUCUGUCGAGGCUCAGUUUGCUCUCAUCAAAGGCAGUAACAGCAUGGAAGAAGCUCUCGCUGGAGCUUCUUUUGUCCAGGAAUGUGUGUUUGAGAAACUGGAGGUGAAGCAGAAGGUGUUCAGUGAGAUGGAGCAGUAUGUCGGUGACGACGCCAUCUUGAGUAGCUCUUCAUCAUGCAUCAUGCCGUCCCAGUUCACAGAGAACCUCAAACGUCGCAACCAGUGCCUCAUCUCUCAUCCUAUUAACCCACCAUACUAUGCACCCCUGGUAGAAAUCAUUCCUGCACCUUGGACUGACCAGUCUGCGAUUGACAGGACUCGUACCAUCAUGGAGAGCAUUGGGCAGGUACCGGUCACUCUGAAGAAAGAAGUUCCAGGAUUCGCUGUCAACAGGAUCCAGUAUGCUAUCAUUGCUGAAGUGUGGAGGCUUGUUGAGGGAGGUGUACUCUCAGCUGAUGAUGUGGACAAAGUGAUGUCAGCAGGACUAGGACUAAGAUAUGCCUUCCUAGGCCCUUUAGAAGUCAUGCAUCUCAAUGCAGAGGGCAUGCAGAGUUACAUGGAGCGAUACACCCAGAGCAUUGAGCACGUUCUCGGUAACUUCGGUCCCACGCCAACGUUCACAGGGAGCGGCCUUGAGCAGAUCAUCAAGGAGAUGGAUGCAAAGAUCCCUCUGGACAAGCUCGAAGAGCGUCGCCAGUGGCGAGAUACCAGACUUGCCGCCCUUGCCAAGCUUAAGAGGGAUUUAGAGAGAGAAGGAAAAUGAGCCAAGUAAUGCCAGAACAACACCAAAGUCCAAAUCAACUACUGUCACACUGAAAAUCAGGAAAUUUUCACGUAAUCCUGUUAUUUCCAAUGUGGCAUCAAACCAUUUAUUGAUUGGUAUUUGUGUGAUUUCAGGAAUGUGUGUUUGAGAAACUUGAGGUGAAGCAGAAGGUGUUCAGUG